GGCGUUCGCAAGCCGUCUCCCUUCUAUAUACAGCUGCGUGGCGAGUCCUCUGGGCGUUGUGCAACAUCUCUGCAGGCAGCUUGGUCUGCCGCUCGCCUGCGUGAGACCUGUUCCCGUUUGUGCUAAUGAUAAGAGUAUGGAUCUGGAGGCUCUGGAGCGGCUGUGCGCGGAGGACGCGGCGGGCGGCCGCACGCCGCUGCUGGUGCUGGGCGAGGCGGGCGGCCCCCCGCUGGGCCGCGGCUGCCCGCUGCGCGCGCUGGCGGCGCUGUGCGCGCGCACGCACACGCACCUGCACGUGCGCGGACACGCGCUGGCGCUGCCCGCCGCCGUGGGCCGCGACGAGACAUACAGCGUAGCAGACUCGCUCACAUUAACGCCCGGACCUUGGUUCGGUGUUCCCGGCUUGCCGACUGUUACAUUUUACAAAAUACCAGAACCGAUCACAGCAAACGAACAUUCGAAAGGUGUGAAUGCGUCGGGCAGCCGCGAGGGCGCGCUGGCGGCGCUGGCGGGGCUGUCGGCGGGCGGCGCGCGGCUGGGCGCGCUGCCGCUGUGGACGUGCGCGCGCGCGGCGGGCGCGGCGGGGCUCGCGCGCCGCCUCGAGCGCGCCUUCCGCAACGCGCGCGCCGCCCGCGCGCUCGUCGCCGCCGCCGACCUCAAGCUGCUGAGUGAUAGACCUGGAGGUGACGAACCUCCCAACGUAGAUUUGGUUGAAGCAGUGAGCCAAGCGUCAGCGUGUGUAGCCUUUCAGUUCGCCCCACCGGAUGUGGACAAACCGCCAGCGUAUUACGAUAAGCUGAAUUCGUGGCUAGGACAGGUGUUACAAAGAGAGGCCGAUAUGAUCAGCAUCGAGGUGUGCGAGACGGAGGCGCACGGCGUGGUGCUGCGCUACUGCCCGCUGGAGGGCGCGCCCGACGCCGGCGCCGCCGACGCGUGGGCGGGCGCGCUGGAGGCGCAGCUGUCCGUGCUGCGCGCCACCGUCGCGCUGCGCGAGCCCUUCCGCCGCCGCCUCGCGCAGCACGCCGCGCUGCGCCUCGUGCGCGUGCCCGGCUGGGCCGGUCUCGGUGGUGUUCGAUACGUACCCCCAGGGUGGGAGGAGGCGCCCAUUGAAGAGCUGAAUUCUCUUAAUCGACAGCUAGUCGAAACAUUAAGGGCCACCGACGGCGCCUUCUCGUGCGGUGAUGGAGAAGAUGGGAUGGCUUGUGUUAGAUUUGGUAUGGUGACAGCGGACACAGACGUGGACGAGUUGCUUGACUUAGUGAUAGCUGCGGGGAAGGAUGUUGAAGAGAAUUCCAAACAACUUACUGACAUGACUGAAGUUUUAAAGAAGGGCAUCAGCGCGGCGCAGGAGGAGCUGGCGCGCGAGGCGUGGCAGGAGGGGCUGCUGCGGCGCGUGCCCGUGGUGGGCCGCGUCGUGUCGUGGUGGGCGCCGCCCGCGCCGCCCGCCGGCCGCCGCCUGCUGCUGGCGCACGGCACGCUGCAGACCACGGAGGACAUCUACAGACGCGUACAGAAGAAAGAAAACGAGGAGCCUGCGCGUGCGCAUUCACCCACAAGACAAAACAAACAGGAAGAGCAAUAGCAGUUAACUCGUGAGUUAGAACUCACACAUGAAACUAUUGUAUAGUAACAAAUAAUUAACUUUAUUACUACGUAAUAAAGUUGAAAAUAUAAUAAC